CAUGCGUGAACCAGAAAAGUGCGUUUUAGAAUGAUUACUGUCGGCUCGCUGAGGGACAGAUUAAACGGCUCCACACAACUGUUGUUUUAAUCCUCCGGGAGAGGAGAUUUAGCAAAGAAAAACCACUGCCUUUAAACCCAGCAGCCAUAUUGUAUGGAAAAUCGACGGAAAGACUCCACUUUUCAGAAAAAAACUUGACUUCUCAAGACACUUUCUGCCAAGACUUUUGGGAGAGCAGUUUUCUGUCCUGUUGCUGGUUUUCUGUUGAACAGCUAGCUUACAAACUGGCUGAAGAAGUGUCCGCAAUUUGAACAGCUUUCCGGCCAUCUUGCCUCAAAAAYUGUGGUGUUUAAGCGUUUAAAUUACACGCCUGAUAAUGAAGGACCGAUUGGAGCAGCUGAAAGCGACAUGUGAUCAAGAUGACGAUGAGGUGGAGAUCGCUGUGGACAAUGCAGCCUUCAUGGACGAGUUCUUCUCUCAGAUCGAGGACAUCAGAAACAGUAUUGAUAAAAUUGACGAGAACGUGGCCGAAGUCAAGAAGCUUUACUCGGUCAUCCUGUCUGCUCCCACGUCAGAUCAGAAAACACAAGAUGACUUGGAAGCCAUCACUAACGACAUAAAGAAGAUGGCCAACAAUGCAAGGAACAAACUGAAGACCAUUGAGAGAAAUCUGGAGUCAGAACUGCAAGAGAGGGUGUCUGCUGACCUGAGGAUACGGAAAUCACAGCAUGCAGUGCUGUCCAGGAAGUUUGUGGAGGUAAUGACGAAAUACAACGAAGCUCAGGUGGACUUCAGGGAGAGAAGUAAAGGACGGAUUCAGAGACAGUURGAGAUCACUGGAAAAGCAACGACAGACGAAGAACUGGAGGAGAUGUUGGAGAGCGGGAACGCYGCUGUUUUCACUGCAGGGAUUGUGGAUUCUGGCAUCUCGAAACAAGCCCUGAGUGAGAUCGAAGCCCGACAUAAAGACAUCGUCCGUCUGGAGAGCAGCAUCAAGGAGCUCCAUGAUAUGUUUGUAGACAUCGCCAUGCUGGUGGAGAGCCAGGGCGGGAUGAUUGACAGGAUUGAGAGCAACAUGGACCAGUCGGUGGGCUUCGUGGAGCGCGCCGUUGCCGACACAAAGAAAGCCGCAAAGUUUCAGCAAGAAGCUCGUCGCAAAAUGGUGAUAAUAAUAGUGGUUGUGGUGGUCCUGCUGGCAAUACUGGCUCUGAUAAUUGGGUUGUCAGUAGGACUGAAGAACUGAGCUGAGUGAACUCAAAGAAGAUCUUCAUCGGACUAUGCUGCGCUGUGGUUAUAGUCAUCAUCAUCAUCAUCAUCAUCAUCCUCACCCAGACAAUAUAGCAGGACAGUUUCAUCUGUUUUCAUCAUCCAUUUCUUCACUAAAGAAAGAACUCAACAACGUGCUGAUUUAAAAACCUAAAGGUGUGGCGUUACGUCGGACCUAUAAAAAGAGGAACGACAGCCUCUCCAACUCUCGUUUUUUGGACGUUUGCUCUGCUGCAAAUGAGGAAUUAGGAGUUGACCUACAACAGCACAGACAAAAAGGGGAAACAAAAAAAAAACUKAUCGUUACAUCACUCCAGCGUCACUCAACAUUUCAUUGUCUCCAACAUUCGAUGCCAAAGUUUCACCUCCUGUUUGUCGUUCGCAUUUUUUUUCCAACCGUAGCAACCUCCCAGAUCAUUACGCCUUCAUGAGCCUUGACACAUUUUACCUGACUUAAAGCUACUGAAUGUUUUCUGCUGUCGGGUCCUGUUGGGUUUUUAAGCACUUUUUCUAUUCGGCAAAGCUGGAAUUAGGGUCAGACUUUUUGUAUUUUUGUGUAAAUAAUAGAAUUAAUACUUGUUUUGUCGAUAAGUUGUGUUUUUAAAAGUUCUCCAGUGAUCCAUUUCUAAGAACGGGCAUAAUUUCACUUCAAAUGCCUUUAAAUCUUUCACGCUUAGACACGACUGUAACAGUGCCUCCUUAUGGGUUUGCCAAACGGCUUCAAGUAACACUAGUGGCUCAAACGGUCUUUUAACAAGUUUUUCUGUCAGGUCACAGGCAAGUUUAAUAUUUCUACUAUAAAUUUCAUAUCUGUAGCAGGUGAAAUAUUAGAACCACCCUUCACGGAGUGAUUUAACUCUUAACGAUGAGUAAUGUUAAUUUAAUCAGUUUAUUAGGCUGACUGAACAACUUCUAAUCUUUUAAUUAAAGCAGACGAUGUGAAUAAAAGUAGAGAAACUGUUAAAAUUGUGAAGGAGAUACUUGAAACAAAGAGGCCUCCUGCAUGGUUUUUGUGCUUCACAAAAGGAAUAGGAGGGGUAAAAACUGAAACUGUUGCACGUUAUUUUUGUUAAAUGUUAAUUUUUUUCAAAUGAAUUAAAGUUUAUUCUUUUUUUA